AUGCACACAGCAAUCAAUAAAUUUUCAAUAACAGUCGCGUUAGCAUCGGUUUUAUGUACUGAGGACUGUGAAUUAAGAGAGAUUUUGACACCUGUAAUAAGUGCCACGGAAUCCACAAAUAUUCCAACAACUUCAUUGAAUGCCAAUAAUUUAAGCUUGAAAUUAUUGAAUGAAUUAUUAGAACAAGAAUCUAAUAAAUUUUUUACGGAAUCAGAAAAUAAAAAUAAAUUGAAUAUUGGGUCGACUAAUGACUCGGUAGAGAACUCGGAGGUCGAUCAAUCAUCGAAUGAAUUUUUUGUUAUUAAAUUAUUGAUAACCACUCUGACUUCGGAAAAUUUUAAGGCAUUAACGGAAGAAUUGUUGUUCAACAUUACGACUGUUAGUCAUUUAGAAAAAACAAUUCAAUUAAUCAUAGAAAUGGUGUUUUGUAAACCUCAAUCAAUUCCCAUUUAUGUAUUUAUUUGUUCUAAAUUGGAAAAUAUUGAGAAAAGUUACGAUUGCAGGUUCCAUACUGCGACUUUCCCGGUUACCACGCUUUUUUCGCGUUACAACUUCUCAAAACUUACUAAUCUACGCUUACUAGAAGAAUUAUGA